UAGGUCAACAGCUUCACCCUUAAAAUAAACACAGACAACAUCGCCCAGGUCGCUCAACAACUCGAUGGACAAUUGACCCUGCUACAGAUAUAGGCAACUCUACCUGAAACAAUAUUGACUCAGUCGCUAGUCUGUCAUGUCGGAAUGAAGAGUCCUUUCCUUUCUCUCGCCGCCCUCACGGCGUUCCUCGUCACUUGUCUGGCAGGCACAGACUACCACGAACGACUCACUCUACAACCACUCCCAACCUCAUCGCUACUUGCCUCGUUCAACUUUCGCAGUAAUUCGUCAAUAUCAGGUUUUGAAAAUCAGCAUUUUCGAUAUUUCCCGCGUUCUCUGGGGCAGAUAUUGCAACAUACAAGGACGAAGGAGCUGCAUGUCCGUUUUACGACCGGCCGGUGGGACGAUGAGAGCUGGGGAGCUAGACCGUCGGACGGUUAUAAGGAGGGCGCGACAGGUGUUGAAUUAUGGGCAUGGAUUGACUCUGAGUCUCAAGAAGAAGCCUUUGCGCAUUGGAUAUCCUUAACUCAAUCUCUCUCCGGUUUGUUCUGCGCUUCUAUGAAUUUUAUCGACUCCACACGCACUACAAGCCCUGUCGUCUCAUUUGAGCCUCUGGGAGACCAUCCGACGUCCGAUCAGCUAUAUUUACUCCAUGGAACACUACCUGGCGAGGUAGUUUGUACGGAGAAUCUUACCCCUUUUCUAAAAAUGCUUCCAUGCAAAGGAAAGGCGGGAAUUUCUAGUCUUUUUGAUGGACAUAAAUUAUUUGAUGCUUCCUGGCAGAGCAUGUCUAUUGACAUUAGACCAAUAUGUCCAGCGGAAGGUGGGGAAUGUUUGAUUGAAAUAGAACAGGGUGUUGAUAUGGUUUUGGAUAUUGACCGAUCCAAGCGCCCUCGUGAUAAUCCUAUCCCACGCCCUGUUCCGACUGAAGAACUGGUUUGUGACCCAACAAAACCUUACAACUCUGAUGAUACUUGCUUUCCAUUGGAGAAAAAGUCGGAAGUCGGAUGGACUCUUUCCGAGAUCUUCGGUCGUACCAUCAAGGGGCAUUGUCCUCUAACUGAUGAAGCUGGGCCCGGUGCGCAAACGGUGUGUCUGAAGGUACCAGACAGUCGGACUGUCUUGACCACACCAGGUGCGACGGAGAUAAAAGAUGGCAGUGGCAUAUCUCGAUGCUUUGUCUUGUCGUCGACUACUGACUUUGACCUCGUGCUGCCCGAGGAGGAAGCCAAGGCCAAAGUCCCUCUACAACAAGGGGUGCUACAUGCUGAACGGACUAUCAUUGGACACGGACAAGAACGGGGUGGUCUGCGCGUGAUUUUCAGAAACCCUUCAACGGUCAAAAGUGUCGAUUUCAUCUACUUUGAAUCUCUCCCUUGGUUCAUGCGUCCAUAUCUCCAUACUCUUCAGGCUACAGUAGUUGGAAAUGAUGGUAUUUCACGACAACUACCUUUUUCAGAUAUCAUCAAAGGGAUCUACUAUCGUCCUGCUAUCGAUCGAGAGAAAGGUACCCAGCUCGAACUAGUGCUAUCAGUGCCAGCAGAUUCAACCGUCACUCUUAUAUACGAUAUUGAAAAGGCUAUUCUACGAUACACCGAAUAUCCUCCCGACGCCAAUAGGGGGUUCAACGUAGCGCCCGCAGUAAUCAGAAUCCUUGACCAAAAAAGCCGCUCUCCAGUCUACCUACGAACAACAGGGCUGCUCUUGUCACUUCCAACACCAGAUUUCAGUAUGCCGUAUAACGUCAUCAUUCUGACUAGCACUGUCAUGGCUUUGGGAUUUGGAAGUAUUUUCAAUCUUUUGGUGCGACGAUUUGUGCCUGCAGAUGAGCCGGCUUUGCGGGCAUUGAGCUUAAAGGCGCGGUUGGCGAGCAGACUGGUCACGAUACGCGAUCGAUUAAGUGGUAAACUGUCGAAAGUGAAGGAAAAGUGAUUGCAUAAUCCGAGAGGAUUGAUUGGAUAUCAAAUGGAAGAAAAAGAAGAGCUAAAUGUACAUGAACAUAACCAUAACUGAUACAUACAUGCCAUGAAUCGGAUCUAUUUGGUCAACCU